UCACCCGGGUGAGGCUUCGCUCCAGCCAAUCAGAGAGCAGCUGUGCUGUAGAGGGUGGGGCAAGGACGCACGCUUUCUUUCCAUAAAUGAACGAAGAACCGUGAAGCUGCCCGCAACAACGUACAACUGUAAAUAAUUUAACUUCGCAGGGAGAGACGUCAAGAAGCCAAAAUGUCUGACAAGAAGGCAGUGAUCAAGAAUGCAGACAUGUCUGAUGAGAUGCAGCAGGAUGCUGUGGACUGUGCCAUGCAGGCUAUGGAAAAGUACAACAUUGAGAAGGAUAUUGCUGCCUAUGUCAAAAAGGAGUUUGACAAGAAGUACAACCCCACAUGGCAUUGCAUUGUCGGGAGGAACUUUGGCAGCUACGUGACGCACGAGACGAAGCACUUCAUCUACUUCUACCUGGGUCAAGUGGCCAUUCUACUUUUCAAAUCAGGCUGAAAUCCAAACAUGCCCCCUGAAAACUACUUUUAAUUCAGCCCUUAAUACUUCUGUGCCACGCUGUACAUUUGCUACCACCUUUCUGCAGACAUGCCUACCUCCUGGUUUUCCUGCUUGCUUCAGUUUGUUAUGGUUUGCCACCUUCAACACAACCAUCAGUGGAUGGCGCUUUAGUCAUGCCUGGACUGGCGAUGUCCUGUACAAAAAUGCCAAUUUAGAAACCGCUCUCCAUUCCAGUACUUGGUCAGCAUUCUCACAUCUGACAGACUCACCAUAAGUUCCCAUAUAUUAUUUUUGCUGUGCGUUGAUGCACGGACCUUGUACAUUGUUUCAUAUGAGUAUGUUGUAAAAUAACUUAUUUUUCAUGGAAUUAAACGAGCAACAGAGUUUUUGUUGAAAUGCCUUUAAUUUUCAGUGUCGACUGAGAUUGAAUAUUAUUUCCAAGACUGUUGCUUUCAGUUAAAUAAAAAGAUUUACAUGCCAAGAGAUUUAAAGUUUUGUACAUGCUUAAACAUUCCUGUUUCCACUUCAGCUGUGAAUCUUGACGACGUUAGUGCUGUUUAUCUCUGGAAUGUAAUUUAGUGAGCAGUUUGUUAUUGUGAUAUUUUCAACAUGUUGUGCACAAAACAAGUUUGACCAGUAAAUUGGUUUAAAGUG